AUGAACAAGGACGUCGAGCAGGCCUUAUUCGAUCGCGUCGCCCAGAAGCCUGACAUGUCCGUCGAUGAUAUGCUCUGGUGGUUGUACGACACUUAUAAACUCGUCGUCGGAACCCGCACCAUCCGCAGAGCCUUUGAGCGCCGCAACACUUCACACAAGAAGUUCCGUACCGAUGCGCGCAAGCACUUCACCCUCGACAUGGGCGUCGACAUGGACUUGGACAACGAUGUUAGCGUACAUGUCGAUACUCAGCACCAUGAUGACCACGACUCCAUGCAUAAUGUUGUCCAGGAUCCCACCCCUGCGCCAGCUCCUCAAGCACACAUGUCUGUCUCGCAACCAGACACAACUUACCAGAGCCCGUACGCUCCGCUCAUGGCCAUGGCUGACGCUACCGACGACAGCGGCCAACCACCUCCACCGGACAUCAGUCCUGAGCUAGCUCGCGCUCUGGGAGGCUUGACCGACUCUACCACAAUGCACCAAGACUUGAUGGCCGACCACCUGGAUCCUUUGUCUGAAGAUGAAGAAACUCUGCAGUUGCAGCUUCAGCAAAUCAUGCUGCAGAAGAAAGAGGUCGAACUCAAGCUCAAGAUGCGUCGUUUGCGCCAACGCCGUGAAUCGCACACUCCAAAUGACGAUUCUUUGUUCGAUCACCUUGACGUUGACACGACUUCAACUUCGCACAUGCAUCCUGACUCGACUGCAAACAAUGAUCCAUUUGCUCCACCACCGCUUCCUUCAGGAAACUCCUCCUCGACGCCUAAGCCUCGAGAUUCUCGCAGCAAGAGCAAGGUUCAGGAGGCUCGCAAGCGCACUGAGGAACGUCAAGAGCGCAUGCUCAAAGAUUUGGAACGUCGCAGUCGCCGUCGCGAGCAUCUGACUGCCGAGUGGGUUCAGAGCCGAGACGUCUGGGCAAAGGGUCCAGAGAAACUCUUGGUGCAAUUGAUGCAUAAACACUCGACCUAUGCAUACAACCAAAACUCACUCGAGACCUUUGAAGCCAUAUUCGCGGAGCUGUAUCACCUAGUCGAUCACACUGAGUGGUAUGCACCAGUGCAUGAUGAUCUUCUACGCGAGCGCACUCGUCGCAAGAUGAGUCAGCUUCGCAGUAAGAUGGUGAAAAGUGGUGAGAUCAUCAGUCGUGGGGAGGGUUAUGGUGGUUGGACCAAGCCUGAUGACCACGAUGCUCUGGCUGGUGCAUCUGAUCUUACUGGAACAGGCCCUGACGAUAACAGUCUUGAUCUGUCCCAACAUCACCAAAUCAAUGGCUUAUCUAUGGAUUUACACACCCAUGAUUCUAACCACGAUGCACUCAUGGCACGCGACGCAAUGAUGCAGCAUGAUCAUUCUAUGCUCGAACACUUGCAAGGGAAUACCAACGAUCUGCACCACACAGAUUUCGACCCUGAUCAGCUAGCACGUCAUCAGAACGAGCUACUGGCACAGCGCGGCAUCGCGCAUCAGGAGCACAUGUCCAACCAGCGUGCUAUUGAGGAAACUAUGGCUGCUGGACUGGCCUCAGUCUGA